GUGAAGUUAAACUUGAAAAAUCCGUCAUGAGAUCUGUCAAGCAUCAGUUUUUGAAAAAUGCCGGACGUCAUCAAUCGCUCAAAAUUUGAAGUGGAGAAAUUUUAAAAGCAGACAGAGAAUGCUCCCAAUAUGGUUGCCUGUUAUCAAUCGAUUUUUCGGCGAAGGGACAAGGAAAAAAGAAACGGAUGCAGAAAAAGGAAACUUAAAGUCAGAAAGCACCGAAAGUGAUGUACUGAAAGCUUCUGGUACCAUUGAGAGUAGAAUAAUUAGGGACAAACAGCAAAUAUCUUCAGUAUGUAGAAAAUUAGAACCGAUCGUUCUGGUGCACGGUGGAGCUGGUAACAUCCCCGACUAUUUGGUGCCGGCGAAGAUGAACUGCGUCAAGAAGGCAGCCAUCGCUGGCUUCAAGGUGCUGAAGCAAGGUGGAACAUCUGUAGAAGCCGUGGAAACAGCUAUAAGGGUGAUGGAAGAUGAUCCCAUAAUGAACGCUGGUGUAGGAUCAGUGUUGAAUUAUGACGGAGAAGUAGAAGCUGACGCCUGCAUCAUGGUUGGCAAAACCUUGGAAGCUGGAGGUGUAACUGCAGUCAAAGAUGUAGCUAACCCCAUCAGUUUGGCCAAGAUGGUGAUGGAAAAAUCGCCACACGCCUUGCUGGCCGGAGAGGGAGCAACCAAAUUCGCCAAAGAAAACCAUUACGAGUUGGAAAAGCCAGGUAGUUUGGUAACUCUGGCCGCCAAAGAAGCCUUGGAGGCCUAUAAGAAAGACCCCGAAGGUGAUUUGACUUCGGAAAAGGUGGAAGUUGAGGAGAAACCCGAGAGAGACAUAUGGCCGAGGACCGAGUCAGUUGGAGCCGUAGCCAUCGACCGCAAGGGCAACAUUGCCGUAGGCGCAUCUUCGGGAGGUUGGAAUGGAAAAACGACCGGAAAAUUCAACGAAGCGUGUUCGAUCGGUGGCGGCGUCUAUGCGGACGACGACGUGGGCGGAGUUUCAUUGACAGGUUAUGGACGGUACAUGAUCAGGAUGAUGUUGGCGUUUCAGAUAACGAAGGAGAUGGAGCGUAAGAAUGCCCUGAAGUCCAGUCAGCAGUGGUUGAGGGCGCUCUAUUGCAAAUUCAAGGAACCCGCAGGUGCUGUCAGCAUAACGAAGUAUGGAGAUGUUGGGGUUUAUUUUACCGCGCAGAGAAUGCCCUGGGCUUACCAACGGAAGAAUAUCCUCCAUUAUGGUGUCGAUCCCGAUGAUGAAAAAAGGGAUAUCACUUGUUGAUGUACAAAGAUUUCAUUCAAUAAAUUAAAUCCAUGUGA